AGUGCCCAGAGGGAAUGAUACAAUAGAACACAACACUAACACCAUGUCAAAUUGAGUGUCCUCUUCCGACAAAUUAAGAAACAAAAUCCAUCCAAACCAAGACAACAUAGAAAUCGUUUUCAAAAUUCUCACCCUUGUUUCAAAAAUUUCCCCUCUCUACACACAUCUCUUAGUCUCCCUCUCAGUUUGGAUCCUCCCGAGUUUUCUUCAUUCCAUUGACGAUCUGAGUUUUAUCAAUUGAGGUACGUCCUAUUAAAUCUUUCAUUUUUAUGUUAAAUCAACAUCGUUGAUUCCGUUUCAACGCCUUGAUUGAUUAAUUAUUAAAUUGAUUCCAAUGAAUAAUGGAGAGAGGACUCGUAAGAACGCCUCCGAAUUCGCCUCUCAGGAUGUGUUUGAUUCAUUCCCCCCGAAAUCGGACGGUGGCGAUGUUUCGCCCACGUCAUUGUCUCAGUACUCCUCUUGCGAGGAAUCCGAGUUCGAGCGAUAUUGUAGUGCGAACUCGGUUAUGGGCACACCCAGUGUGUGUAGCUUGCGUGUUACAUCAUUGAACGAUUGCUUAGAUUCUGAGUUUGGGUCUUCAAAGAGUCUUCCAUUCGGAGAUGAUGUUAAUUUUGGAAAUUUUAGUUUGGGUGGUGAUGGAAAGUUUUCUGCACUAGGUGAUCAUAAAAUUGAGUUUUGCAAACAAAGAAACGAUGAUGAGCAUGUAGAAAUAGGCAGUGGAUUUAGUGGUUUGCAAUUGUAUGGCGAUAGGUAUGAUGGCAGAAAUAUUGAUGAGGACAUGACAUUAAAUAGUUGUGAAAUGGUGAGCGGAGAUGAUUUUGCGUUGGAAGGUACUGUUAAGAAUGUAUUGACUGGAGGGAGUUGUAGUAAUGUUGGUAGUGCUGGGAGGAGUAUGAAUGGUGUGAGAGAUACUGCAGAUAUUGGAGAGGGUCCUUCACUUCGAGUGGAUAAUGAAGAUAAGGGCACUUGCCAAGACAGGUUGAAUUUGCAAUUCGGUUCAGACUUUGAUAGAAGGGAGAUGCAGCUGCAGGAAGAUGGGACUUCUUCAAGAUAUGAGCACUCGGAAGGUGAGGAUUCUAUGUGUAACUAUGGUAGUGAUGAGGAGAAAUAUUAUCUGAGGAAUGUAGAAUAUUUACAGGAAGCAAAACAUGAGAAGGAGAAUCCAUUACUUAUCAAUUCACAUGUUGCAUUUGGUUCAGAAGAUUGGGAUGAUUUUGAGCAAGAAGUGGCAGGAAGUACUAUGUCUCCGCUGAUGUUAGAUAAAUUUCAGGAGACAAGAGAAGUGAAUGUUGAAAGUGAUGGGAAUCUUUUUAAUUCUGUGACCCCAAUUGCUAUUCCAAGUGAUAGUCUGAAAGAGCAAAAAGUUGACAUGAUACGUGUAGCUGGAGUCAGCAGAAAAGUCCAAGAUGUGGAUGAUUCUGAAGAAAACAUUAUUCAUACUGUUGUGAACCCUGCUUGCUCUUGCCGCCAUGUCAAUAUGAAAUCUUUGGAAGAAGAGAAAGACAUUUCUGCAGUCAGUUAUCAAGUCCAAGGUACUGAUGUUUCAGCAGGAAAUUCCAAAAGCUCUUUCUCAGCCCUCAUUAAUUUGCCAACAUUUUCUGGUCUUGAUGAAGGUGUAAGUUCUGUUGCCAGAAAUCAAGUCCAAAGGACAGAAGAUACUAGAAGUUCUCCCCCAACCCCAAUUUGUUUGCCAAAAAUUUCUAGGCUAGACCAAGAUGUAAGAGAUAUUUAUGUUGCCAGUAAUGAAGUUCAAGAUGAUGAUGUGACCAUGUACCAUAAUAAUGGCUCUGAUGGUAAUGCUUUUGAUGGGGAGCAGGAUCUAGUGGUCGAGAAGGCUCCCUUGAAAAUGGGGUUGGACACAAUUGAUUCCAGAACGGAAAUUAUUAAUCAAUAUUUGAGUAACAAGGAAUUGAGUACCACUGACAGUGGAAUUUUGGAGAAUGAAGAGUUUGGGUGUUUUAAAGCAAAAUUGGUUCCAUUUGCUGAUAUUCCCGCAGAUCAACUUUGUAGUCAUUCAAUUGAAUCUGCUAGAAUGUCGAAUUCAGAAUCCUUUGAAGACCGUGAAUCAAAACUAUCCCUACCAACAUUCGGAAUUAUCUUGAAUCCAUCAAAGAAUGCUCCAGCUUCAGCAGAUCUUUUUGAUGACCAUCCGGCCUUGACCAAGAAAGAGAAUCUUGAGUUACAUGAUUUUUAUGAUGAAGUUGUUCAUGAGAUGGAAGAAAUUUUACUUGACUACAAUGAGUCCCCUGGGGCUAGAUUCUCGCAGGGUAACCAGAUCUUUAAAUCUCAAGUUUCUCUACCUUUGAGAGAUUGUGGCUCCACUGCUUCUACUUCUGGUGCGGAUGAUGCUUACCCGCUAACUCCACUCCUGCAGAGAAUUGAUGGGGUUGAAGUGGUAGGUGCCAAGCAGAAGAAGGGUGAUGUUUCACUUAGUGAAAGAUUGGUUGGAGUAAAGGAAUACACUGUUUAUAAAAUAAGAGUGUGGAGUGGAAAGGAUCAGUGGGAGGUUGAACGCAGAUAUCGUGAUUUCUUUACUCUCUAUCGUCGCUUGAAAUCAUUUUAUGCCGAUCAGGGCUGGAUUCUCCCUUCUCCCUGGUCAUCUGUUGAAAAAGAAUCUCGCAAGAUAUUUGGAAAUGCAUCUCCUGUUGUUGUUGCUGAGAGAAGUGUUCUCAUUCAAGAGUGUUUACAAUCUGUCAUCCAUUCUAGUUUCUUUUCCAGUCCUCCAGGUGCAUUGAUUUGGUUCUUGUCUCCACAGGAAUCAUUAAGUAGUUCCCUUGUUUCAAAUACACUGGUUUCUUGGUCCACAUCUUUUACUAGAGGGGUAGAUGCACAAAACAUUUCUCCUUUAGGGAAGACCAUAUCUCUUAUUGUUUCAAUUCAACCACAAAAAUCUAUGAAACAGAUGCUAGAAGCACAACAUUAUACUUGCGCUGGAUGCCACAAACAUUUUGAUGAUGGAAUGACUCUAAUACAAGACUUUGUUCAGACUUUUGGGUGGGGAAAACCUCGACUUUGUGAAUACACUGGCCAGCUGUUCUGUUCUACCUGCCAUACAGGUGACACAGCAGUCUUGCCAGCUAGGGUAUUGCAUCAUUGGGACUUUACACGAUAUCCAGUUUCUCAAUUGGCUAAAUCAUACUUGGAUUCUGUAUAUGAUCAGCCCAUGCUUUGUGUGAGUGCAGUUAAUCCUUUCCUGUACUCAAAGGUCCCAUCACUACAGCAUGUAAUGGGUGUAAGGAAAAAAAUAGGAUCUAUGCUUCCAUUUGUUCACUGCCCGUUUCGUAGGUCCAUCAACAGAGGACUUGGUGCUCGAAGAUAUCUUCUUGAAAGUAAUGACUUUUUUGCACUCAGAGACCUCGUUGACCUUUCCAAAGGCCCAUUUGCAGCACUACCUGUGAUGGUGGAAAAUGUUUCAAGGAAAAUCCUGGUGCAUAUUACAGAGCAAUGCCUUAUAUGCUGUGAUGUUGGAGUCCCCUGCAGCGCUCGGCAAGCUUGUAGUGACCCAUCUUCUCUCAUUUUCACUUUUCAGGAGGGUGACACUGAAAAGUGUAUAUCUUGUGAAGCAGUAUUCCACAAGCCAUGCUUUAGAAAGCUGGCACACUGCCCUUGUGGUGCAAGCCUUGGGAUGAAUGAGGCUGCCAAUUCCACCAAAAGGGUAAGGGGCAAUGCCAGUGGUGAGACCAAUGGCGAAUUGAUCGCACUGGGGAAGAGAGCAACUUCUGGAUUAUCUGUGGGACUCCUAUCUGGACUCUUCUCAAGGGCAAAGCCAGAAAAAAAGGAUCAUAAAGACAGUGACAAUGUUAUUCUAAUGGGUUCUCUCCCAAGCACUUUGUAAAUAUCUGUAAUUUUAAUGUGUCAUUUGUAUUUUAUCUUGGACUCAAAAAUCAAUAUCAUUUGUUACUGUCUUGUUGAGGCUUGCAACAAAUUCGGAGGUGGGGUUUUCUUUUCUUUUUUGGGGUUUUUUUUUUUUUUGGGUUUAAAUGUAACAUAGUAUACAAAUCAGAGUGUUAACUGUUUCCUGUAAUCACUUCUAUGUGAUGUCCUACUAUUAAUUUGUUUAUUAUAAUGAAUAAAACUGUUUUAUUGUCUCA